UCUUGUUAAACAUUACACUUCCUGAACGUUACUACAAGUAUCCGAUAUAUUUAAAAUGAAUCACUUGCGGAUAUAUGUAUUCUCAAUAUUUAUACUUUUUCAAAGUUUUAAUAUAUCAACGAUAAAUACAGCAGAAAACGGAACAAGCAUAAGUACGUUUGAGAAGGAUUUUGGAGAUUGGAUGAACAUGAUGAACGUAUCUUCAAAUAGUUUCACAUGGCAUCGUAGAAAUUUAUUGAUAGAUCAUACCAUGAUAUCAAGACCAGGCUCUUACGGUUAUAGUAUGUAUGUUAUUUCUUACUCUGGUAGAGCUGGUACAGAACGUAUUGCCACGGAUAAUGAAUUCAUGGAACCCAUAUGUUUGUCACUUUGGUACCAAAUUUAUCAAAAUAGUUAUGAUUGCUCUUUUAGUAUUUUCAAGAUUUCUGACGAAAAUCAGGCUUUACUAUUUACCGCGGAGGGUAAUUCUACAUCUUUAGGCCAAUGGAUCAACAUAUCGGUAGAUGUAUAUGAACAAGUUCCUUUCAAGAUAACCUUGGAAGCACACUUCAAGUAUAGUAAUUCAAAAGUAGUACGUGCUAUUCUGGUAGAUGAUACAUCGAUAGCGCAUAGGCAUUGUCAAGAUAUACCAACAGGAUCUAAGGAGCCAUCUACCCAAAAUUAUGUUUCAGACAUAUCAACAGGAUUUGUAAUGUCACCUACCCCGAAUAAUGUUUCAGAUAUAACAGAGGGAUUGGAGGAAACACCUGUUGAGUCGUCUAUCCAAUUUGAUAUCAUUGGAAUAGCUGCUGGUGUUAGCGGAGGCAUAUUACUUACAAUCACAUCGGUCUUCUUGAUAUAUCGUUUAAGAAGGUCUAAUGGCUGUGAUUGUGUGACGAAAAACAUAACGUCCCUAAUGAGAAAAGGACAAGAAAGUAGAAUUAAAGAGACUGGCGUCUAUGAAUGUUCAAAUAUUCCUUCGAGAUUAUCUGACCACGCUUACGACUCGUUUGAAUGUGCAAAUUAUUACAACAUGACAAAUGUCCCUAAUUCCUCUACAAGUGGACAUCAUGAAAAUGACAGAGAUCUGUACAUUAAUCAGUAAGAAGUAGAACCAGCGUUUCGUGUAACCUUUACAAAUAAUUGGUGAUUCUUUUAGAUACUUAUUACAUGGAAUUUGUAACAUGAACUUUCUAAUUAAAUACACUUUUAAAGUUCAAACUGCAGUAUGAAACGGAAACAUGCGACUCAAUAUAAAGACAACGAUACAAUACAAAAAGCGUUUCCGAUUUAAGGGAUGUAAUGAAUUUACUUUCAAUUAUUAUUCAAUGAUUGUUAUAAUUCACAAUUGUAUCAGUCUACAUUUUUACCGAAUCUCCUCAUACAUGUUUUCACCGAUUUUUAUGCAUUGUUCAUGUUUUGGUCAACGUUAUUUCAAGAUAUUUUGACAGUUUCAUUGUAAAUGAGUUCACGUAAACAAAAGACUCGGUAAUUAUUGGUUUUAAUUGGAUUACUUCUUGAUCAUAUUUUUAUAGAAUCAUACAUGUUUAUACAUUAGUCGAUAGAAGUUACAUAGCUUCAGAUGACCAUCCUGCUGCUUCAUGUAUCGAUAACUUGUUACUCAAGGUUAAUUCAAUUUGUUAAAGAAAAUCCCUGCAUUAUAAUUACCAUCUUUUUAUCGAGGUUGUCACAUGUCAGAUAUCCUUAUCACCCCUAUAAUAGUUACUCACAAUUACAUGAUUUUUUGUAUUUUCUUUUUUCUUUUAUACUAAAAUACAUUUUCAUAUUCCAAGUGCUGGAAAUUGAAUAUUACACUUAAUGAUUUUGCAUUGAAAGUUUUUCUUGGUGUGCAUAUUGUAGUACAUAAGUCCUUAUGUGUCUUUUCCUUUAAUGAGUUUUGAACUUUAAAGUAUCGAAAUAGGUAUAUGACUAUUAAUAGUUAAUGUAGACUAGUUUACGAUGCAUUUAUUUAGAUUACCUAUUUGAACAGGAUUACAUUGUAAAGUACAGGAUUAUAAUUAACAAAAAUAUAAUACAUUUGUGGUCGUAAUUUGUUUAGUUUUGUACGUAAGCUUUAUAAUAAUUAACAUAUAUAGUUUACCAUGUUUA